AUGGCUUUUGGCAAUAACCAAGAACCAAACGAUGAGAUUCUAAAGAAUGUUUGGGAAAAUUUCAUCAGAAAACCAGAUCAAACCAAUGAAAGAUCAAUCCCUGUUCAAGAAGUUUCUAGAACUUGGGAAGCAUUGCCUACCCUUGAUGACAUUCCAGAAGGUUCAAAAGAAAGGCUUCUAAGCCUAGAUAUGUCGAUGGAGGCCAAUGAAUGGACAGAGAUUCUCGACAUGAUUGCUUCUUUCCCAAGCAAAACCAAUCAUGACACAUUAACGAACCCUAACGGUUCAUGUUCUUUGUCUUCUCCGGUUUCUUGCAAAAGAAGAAAAUACAGGGGAGUACGGAGGCGUCCGUGGGGGAAAUUCGCAGCGGAAAUCAGAGAUUCGACGAGAAACGGAGUUAGGGUUUGGCUCGGGACGUUUCAGACCGCAGAAGAAGCAGCUAUGGCUUAUGAUAAAGCCGCGGUUAGAAUUAGAGGAACUCAAAAAGCUCACACAAAUUUUCAACUCGAGACGGUUAUAAAAGCGAUGGAAAUGGAUUGCGCCACGAGUUACUACCUGAUGAACAGCUCAAUUAUGUCUCAACCGUUAAGAAACCGCUGCGAAAUUGAAUUGAAAACUGGAAAAGAGGAUAUUAUUAGGGCAUGUGAUAAAGUCGUUGAUGGGAUGUUUGAAAACCGUUGUGUCCCAAGUUGUUGUUGUUUAACUAAAGAGUACUCGAAGACUUGUGGAUUGCGUGGGAUUGAAGAAACUUGGUUAGGUUCAAGAAAGAGACAAAUGAGUGAUGAAGAUUGUAUGUUUCAAGAUGUUGAGAUGAAGAAGAUGGUUAGUGGAGAAGAAACAUUAUGUGAUGUGUUUGGUAUGUUUGAGUUUGAGGAUUUGGGAAGUGAUUAUUUAGACACGUUAUUAUCUUCUUUUUGA